AGUAGUCUUUAAUUUCAUGACAAAUUUGUGUGUCCUUUCUAUUAACACAUUUGUAAAUCUUACAUAUUUAGGAUAUUGUGACAAUAGGAAUGUUGUCUUUGCCAUGUGGCUGGCUGUGCACAACAAUAGGAUUGCCAACCAUGUUUGGGUAUAUCAUCUGUGGAGUACUCUUAGGACCAUCAGGACUAAAUAGUAUCAAGUCUAUUGUACAGGUGGAGACGUUAGGCGAAUUUGGUGUAUUCUUCACCCUCUUUCUAGUUGGUCUGGAAUUUUCUCCUGAAAGAUUAAGAAAGGUAUGGAAAAUAUCUUUGCAAGGACCCUGCUACAUGACAGUUCUGAUGAUUGCCUUUGGUUUACUAUGGGGACACUUGCUCCAAAUUAGACCAACACAAAGUGUCUUCAUUUCCACUUGUUUAUCUUUAUCAAGCACGCCACUGGUGUCAAGAUUUCUUGCAGGUAGUGUUCGAGGAGAUAAAGAAGGGGAUAUUGACUACAGUAGUGUACUACUUGGCAUGUUGGUGAUGCAGGAUGUGCAGCUUGGUUUAUUUAUAGCUGUCAUGCCUACACUUAUUCAAGCAGGAGUGAGCACAUAUUCCAGCAUUUUCAAGGAAAUACUGAGAAUACUGAUACUGAUUGGCCAAAUUCUCUUUUCUCUGGCUGCUGUUUUUAUUGUAUGUCUUGUUAUAAAGACUUAUCUCAUAGGACCAUAUUAUCGCAAGUUGCAUGCAGAAAGCAAAGGGAAUAAAGAAAUCCUCAUUCUAGGAAUAACUGCAUUCAUCUUCCUUAUGUUAACGAUCACAGAGCUGUUGGAUGUUUCAAUGGAGCUGGGAUGCUUCUUAGCCGGAGCUCUGAUCUCUUCUCAGGGUCACAUGGUUACUGAGGAGAUUAUGUCCUGUAUUGAACCAAUACGUGACUUUCUUGCCAUCAUUUUCUUUGCAUCCAUAGGACUUCAUGUUUUCCCCACAUUUGUAAUAUAUGAACUCACGGUCUUACUAUUCCUUACACUGUCAGUGGUCAUAAUGAAGUUUGUCUUGGCAGUGCUUGUCCUUUCUCUGAUUCUUCCAAAGACCAGCCAGUAUAUCAAGUGGAUUGUCUCAGCAGGACUGGCACAAGUCAGUGAAUUCUCUUUUGUUCUGGGAAGUAGAGCACGCAGAGCAGGGAUCAUAUCUCGGGAGGUCUAUCUUCUUAUUCUGAGUGUGACUACUCUAAGCCUUUUACUUGCCCCUGCCCUGUGGAGAGCUGCGAUUAUGAAGUGUGUUCCAAGACCUGAAAGACGCUCAAGUACUUGAUUAAGAUUUGCACAUAUACAAGAAUACAUCUUCUUGCAAGGAAUAUCCUCAUUGCUCAUUUUAUUUCUAUGCACUCAGAAAACAAGAGGUUUUGAGUUGUCAGUCCUCUUAACGUGCACUUGCUUAUAAGCCUUAUACUGACCUUAAAACAAACUGAAAUUCAACAUUAAAAAAUAAUUAUAUAAUUUGAAUUGUACAGCUUUUACAAAAUUUACUAUAUCUGACAGAUUAGAAUCUGCUAGAAUAUUUGUUCCUGAUCCAAUCAAUUAUUCAGAGCAUAAAUUAUUUUUUUUUAAAUACAGCAUCAUGCAAACU